AUGGGAGGGGUCCCCCGCGGGUCACCACCUGUGGGUGACCGAGGGGUCACCACACGAAGUGAAAGCUGUGGCGGCGGCGCUGAAGGAGUGCGCGGCGGAGUGGGGGACGCGCGGGAUGGAGUGGGCGCAAUUCGCGGAGUGCGCUCCGGAGAGGACGAUCAAGUGCGACGAAGACGGCAUGGUCACAGAGCUGUGGGUGCACCGGGGGACGGCAACGCGCAUUGGGGAGCUCUUGCGGGAGCACGGGGGGAAGCGCGUGAGGAAUGCAUGCCUUGUCUCCUCAAGGAGUUCCUUCUUCGUUGCUCACUUGCUAGCUUCCUGCCCCACCUCCACAACCUUCCCAUCGCCCCUCACUUCGCUUCAUGCCCUCUCCCCUCACAGCAACAACCCCCCCCGCCCCUCUGCUCACCACGCAGGCACCUGGCGGACGAAGGUCUCGAAGGCUCAAUCCCCGUCGCCCUCACCUCCCUCUCCCGCCUGCGCACGCUCAAUCUUAAGUACAACAGACUGUCCAGGACUGUUCCCCCCGCCCUCUCCGCCCUCCGCCUGCUGACCUCCUUGAUUCUGAGUGAAAACAACCUCACAGGCCCUGUCUUCACCGUCCUUGCCUGCAUGCCAUCACUCAUCUACCUCGAGUUUUAUAGCAAUAGAUUCACGGGGCCCAUUCCACUCACCGUCUCGCGCCUGCAGAAUUUGUCGUAUCUUGUAAUGGGUAUGAACGAAUUUUACGGGCCCUUCCCACCAGCCUUCACCCACCUCACCGCCCUCGCCUACCUGAGCUUCAUGUAUUCUGGCCUCUCUGGUCCGCUGCACCAUGGCAUCAGCGCCCUCUCGUCCCUUACAUCCCUCGACGCGUCAUACAACAACAUCUCAGGAAGCAUCCCCGCCACCAUCUCUGGCCUCUCUCGCCUUUCGUACCUCGACGCGUCACACAACAACAUCUCAGGAAGCAUCCCCGCCACCAUCUCUGGCCUCUCUCGCAUUUCGUACCUGUCGCUGGGUCAGAACCCCUACCUCUCGGGUUCACUUCCUCGCGCUCUCUCCCACCUCACCACCCUCCUACAGCUGUCCAGCGCAGGAUCAAGGACCGAGAGGCAGUCCCCUAGGGACGGAGCCUCACCCACUGCCUCCAGCAGUGGGUAUUCUACUGCAGCCGCUAUGCUGCACUUUUCUAAUUUGCUGGGGGACACAGCCAUUUCGGGCAAGCCGCCUCGCUUCCUCACUGCACUCACCCAACUCAAUACCAUUUACUUGUACGGCACGAAUAUUAGUGGAACCAUACCCCCCACUUAUGGAAGCUUACAACAUAUCUCAUU